AUGAACGCAGAAAGAAAUGCCAGCGUGACCUCUGGGCACCGUCGUAAAUCGGUAGCAGAGGAGCCUGUGACUUCAGUCCUGGCGCCUGGAGAGGUCCCUAUUCAUGAUCGAGAGUAUGAUGCCGAUGAGGAGGCACUUGCCGCGCUUGGUUAUAUCCCCGAAUUCAAACGUGAAUUUUCUCUGUGGACGACGUUUUGUGUUUCUUUCGCAGUUUUGGGCUUGCUCCCAUCGUUCGCAUCAACACUUUGGUAUGGAAUGGGUUAUGCAGGAACCCCUGGCAUGGUUUGGGGUUGGCUGAUUGCCAUGAGCUUCAUUCAAUGUGUUGCCAUGGGCAUGGCUGAGUUGUGCUCGUCAAUGCCCACUUCGGGUGGUCUCUACUACGCUGCAGCUGUUCUUGCACCUCCAGGAUACGGACCACUUGCGGCAUGGAUUACUGGCUGGUCCAACUGGUUUGUGCAAGUAACAGGCGCGCCGUCUGUCGACUAUGCUCUUGCUUCAAUGAUCCUUGCAGCAGUAUCCAUCCAAAAGCCAGACUAUAUCCCAGAAAACUACCAGGUGUGGCUCCUCACCACUCUUAUCAUGAUUCUCCAUGGUUGUAUCUCAUCUGCGCCGACGCGAUGGAUCGCCACCAUCAAUUCAUACGGAAGCUCUUUUAAUAUUCUUGCUUUGAUCAUCACCAUUAUCACUAUUCCAGCUGCAACUACACGACCAGAUCAGGGUCUUCCACGAUUCACAAAAAGCAGUACUGUGUGGGGAAAUUUCUACGAAGGAACCGAUUUUCCCAAUGGUGUUGCAAUGCUCAUGUCUUUUAUCGCUGUAAUCUGGACCAUGUCUGGUUAUGAUGCACCAUUCCAUCUGGCUGAAGAAUGCAGCAACGCAAGUAUCGCCGCGCCCCGGGCUAUUGUGUUGACUUCAGGCGUUGGAGGACUCAUGGGCUGGUUCUUACAGUUGGUUGUUGCAUACACAGUCAUCGACAUUGAGGCGGUGCUCGACUCCGAAAUUGGCCAGCCGUGGGCGUCAUAUCUUAUUGAGAUCCUGCCCAAGAACACUGCUCUAGCUAUACUUUCGAUGACCAUCGUCUGUGGUUUCUCCAUGGGUCAGGGUUGUAUGGUUGCCGCAUCUCGAGUCACAUUCGCCUACGCUCGUGAUGAUUGCUUCCCAUUCUCCAACCUCUGGAAACAAGUGAAUCCAAUCACCAAAACUCCUGUCAAUGCUGUAUGGUUGAACUGUGUUGUUGGAAUAUUGCUUACUCUACUCCUAUUCGGCGGUUCUGCAAUUGAUGCAAUCUUCAGCAUCGGCGCCAUCGCUGCAUUUGUCGCAUUCACCAUUCCUAUCACCAUUCGAACAUUUUUCGUUGGAAACCGAUUCCGUCCCGGACCGUGGCACUUGGGGAAAUUUUCCUACCCAAUCGGUGUUGCUUCAACCUGCUUCACCACUCUGAUGAUCCCGAUUCUCUGCUUGCCCAGCGUUACGGGGAGCAACUUGGAUGCAUCGCUCAUGAACUGGACAUGUUUGGUAUGGGGAGGUCCGAUGUUGAUGGUGUUGAUCUGGUGGGUAGUUUCAGCACACAAGUGGUUUAAAGGACCAAAAGUCAACAUUCAACAUGCGAUGCUCGGAAGAGAAGGUAACGUUAUCGACGCGAAGGACGCUGGUUCGGAUUCUGGCAACGAUAAUUUACCUCCCAUGAAGUCGGUCGAUAAGGCAAUUGAGGUCUAA